AUCGAAGUAUACGAUGUAGCUGGUUGGUAGGUAUAUACAUCUCUUGCGUGUGUCUCUACUUCAUUCUCCUUUCGGAUACAUCCUCCACGUCUUCUGAACCCCGGAUUUCCCGGGAAUCUUCCUUUCAGUAAAACGCUUAUUCGAGUUGCCUUGCAAACUUGCAACCCAUUUAGGACGGGAAACUUCGUAGACCCUUCCAGUUUCGCCAGGUAUAUUUAACAUUCGUUUGCGAAGCCCUGUAACUUCAACCUGUUUCCCUCGAACACAGACCAUGACAAUCAAGAUUCACACCCCAAUCGCCUCGAUACAUUCAUUCAUAUAGCCUAUCCAAAAGGCCAACGGACUAUAGAUAUGCCGAACCUAGGGACGCGCACGACUCUAGAUCCAGAUGGCGACCUUACCGUCAUUCUGCCUAGCCGCGACAGAGAUGGCAGAGCCCGAGUAGGAGAGCGUAGCGUUACCCAGUUUGUACCCAGAGGGUAUCUUGGGAGUGGUUAUGGUUAUGAACCAGAAGACAGUAGCGACACCAGUAAGAUCGAAUGGUACGAACUCGACGAUGAUAUGGAGUCUUCCUUCAAGCUAGACUACGACAGCGACGACAAGGUUAUUCCCACGACAUCAAUUUCCGACUUUAACGAAAGACAUUUUCAAACCACGCCCAACACACCUAUUUCACAUGACUCGCAUCGUUUCAAUGUGUCCUCGAAGCAUCUUAUUCUAGCUUCAGCACAUGGUACUGCACUGACACAAUUGUUCGAGCAUCCGAGGUAUGCGCCGAAGUACGCGUGGAGGCGUAGGCGCCACAACACCUUAGUAUUGCCGGCCUUCGACCUCGAGGCAACGGGCAUAGUUCUGAAGAUCAUCCACCACAAGAAUCGCAGAGUCCCAAAGACUCUUGAUCUCGGCAUGCUCGUUGAAGUCACGCAGGUCGUACAUUACCUCAAGUGUUUCGAGGCUACAGAACCCCACGCAAGCCAAUGGAUCGCGCGCCUCGAAGGCAAGAUCCCGCCCUCCUACAACGUCGACUUGCUGUUCUGGAUAUGUAUCGCCGGGGUGUUCCGCAACGCACCGAUCUUCGAAUACUGCACGCGCAUAGCCAUCGCCCAGAACCACAGCGGCAUCCCCACGCUAGGGCUGCCGAUUCUGAAGGAAGUGAGUGCCGAGAUCGAGAAACGCAGGGUGCACCUUCUAGACGAGAUUUUCAAAGCCGUAUACAGAUUCAAGGACAAGUUGACAAAGGAUACCUCAUGUUCCUCUGAAUGCGAUGCCCUUCGGUUAGGGAUUUUGAUCAAGCAUUUACACCGCUGCUUUGGCUCGCUACCAAAGAGACCUUACCACAAGAUGAGUGUUUCCUGGGCCGUUGAAAAGAUCGCCCAGUUACCUCGGGCAGCCUGCCUUGCCCGGUUCAAGACAUGCGGUAGGGCUAUACGGCAUUCUGGAUUCGACGGGCUUGUUGAAAUGGUGAACAGCUUGGCGGAAGGGAUAAAAGGCCUUGAUCUUGUGAAUGACCUGCUAUGGAGACCAGCCUAAUGUACAAUGUUGAUUGAUCCAUCAAGGGAAAUAGCCAUUAUAGCGCUAUAUUCCCGCACAGAUCUCUGAAGUUUGUCUCCGAGUUACAAUGUGUAAUAUCUAAUAUUGGCAUGAGGCGGGGCCCCUGUUAAACAAAUGGUCGUGUAAGAAUACGCAGGCUGUACUGAAACUUGAUCAUGUAAAAUUCACUUUCUAUGCUAGUCUACAAGCUAAAGCUAGCUUGCAGUGGUCUUUACA